CUCAACGUGCGCGAGUUGACAAGUUUACACGUAAAUUAUUCCAAAUUGUGACUUUAGCUUUGUUUUGGUUCCGAUUUUGGGAUUAUUCUAGAACUGCGCAGAACUCGUUGCGCCGUAAAGUAAAAUCCGGAAUCGCUCCCGUUUCAAUUCUGCAUGGUAUGGAACCCGAACGCUUGACGCACUGACAGUAAACAGCUGAUUCUGAUUGUUUAUUUACUAAACACAACUUUUUGAAAUUUUGAAUAUUGCUAAUUGCUUUGGUUUUGGACCUUUAUAUUUAUUUUAAACAUUAGGACUGGAAUAAAAAUGAAUGUAACUGCAUUAAUAGAGGAGCUUUUAACAUCUAGCGAUACAUCAGCUUCUUCUGACGAUUUAGAGGGUGUUUUGGAAGUUGUUAUACCAGAAGUGUUGCAACAUAGGCAGAAAAAUGAAAACUAUGCCGAGAGCAUAAUGCCCAUGUAUACAGAACAAGAAUUCUUAGAGCAUUUUAAAGUUCCGAGACUUGUGGUCAUAGAGCUAGCUAGAGACUUCCAGGAGUCUGAAUAUUAUCCUAAAAAAGACACCGGAUUUUUAAGAAUUGGUGCUGAAAAGUCAAUAUGUAUUUUUAUUUGGUACGCAAGUCAUGAAGCUGCCUCAUUUAGAGAUGUUAGUGACAGAUUUAAUAUUGCUAUAAGUACGUUACAUGUUUUAAUACACAAUGUAACUUACUUCUUAAGUAAUAAGUCGAAAGAGGUAAUAUGCUGGCCAACAGAGAACGAAAAAGUUGUAAUUGAACAACAAUUUUUGGAAAUGGGUUUUCCUGGUGUGCUUGGGGCUAUGGAUGGGUCACAUGUUAGGAUUGACCAACCUAAAAAUGAUCCAGAGAGCUAUUUGAAUAGAAAGAAGUUUUAUUCCAUUCAGUUUCAAGUAGUCUGUGAUUCAAGCCGUAAAAUUAGAGAUGUGUUCAUUGGCUUUCCUGGGUCGGUGCACGAUGCAAGGGUGUUUAAUAAUUCUCCACUAUUUCAUAGUUUACCCGAAAAAUGUGGAGAAAAAGUUAUCCUAGCAGAUAGUGCCUAUCCUUGUCUACGCAAUGUUUUGACACCAUAUAAGGACAAUGGUAAUUUGAGUGAAAUUGAAAAAAAUUUUAAUAUCAAAUUAAGCCAUUGUCGCAUUGUCAUCGAACAUGUCUUUGGAAUUUUAAAACAAAAAUUUAGGCAGCUAUACCAUCUAAAACUUAGAGAUGAGACAUUGAUAUGUCACUUUAUAAGAGCCUGUUGUGUUUUGCACAACUUAACUUUAAAUCUAGAGCAGGAGUUGAUUGAAGAGCCUCAAGGAGCUGAUAAGAUUCCACCUCCAUAUGUUGGAGAAAAUAUUGAGGAAAACAUGGCUGGCAACGCUUAUAGGAAUUACGUAGCUGCCCUAUUAUUUAAUCAUUAAAAUAAAUAAAAAACUGUUUAUACUUUA